GGUCUGGGUAUGAGACGUGAAAACCUACGUGUCCCUGAGAAUCAAAUGAGAAAAGCCCACAGAAACCAACGAGUUCUUUACAGAAUGUAAACAAGUCUACAAAGGGAAGGAAGACAAAUGCAUUGGAAAAAACAUGUAACUGGGCUAACAUUUAGCAUUUUUUUCGUGCUGUCGUAUUUUACAAAUAAGUAUGUCCUGUCUGUUUUGAAAUUCACUUAUCCAACCCUGUUUCAGGGAUGGCAGACAUUAAUUGGCAUGCUUCUGCUGCUUCUGUCAGGAAAGCUUGGAUGGGUGGAGAUCAGCAGUUUUUCAAGGUCUGCAGCUCUCUCCUGGCUUCCGGGCUCACUUCUGUUUGUAGGAAACAUAUAUGCUGGGUCCAGAGCCUUAGCACGCCUUCCCAUUGCUUUCUUCUUCACUCUUCAUAAUGCUUCUGAAGUGGUACAUGUCUUUAUGGAGAGAUUGAUUAAAAGAGAUGUUUCAUGGAUGAAGGUUAUAAGUGUGAGUGUGGUGCUGCUCUCUGCUGUCAGCCUGCCCCUUCAUGACCCCCAGUUUGACCCAGUUGGUUACACAUGGGGUGUGAUCCACCUGUGCUCUCUUGGUGCAUACAGAGUGUUCCAGACCCAUUUCAAACCCAACCAUCUAAGUGAUCUUGAACAACAUUAUGUCAACUAUUUGAUCAGUUUUCUGCUUCUAGCCUUUGCGGCACACCCGACUGGUGACCUUUUUGGGGCCAUGAAAUUUCCCUUUCUCCUGUCCCUCCGAUUUCAAAGUGGCUGCUGUGCCAGUGCUCUGCUGGGAUUUUUCCUGCUGCUGGCAACUGUCAAACUUAAGAGUGGUUUGGCCUCUGAGCAGUGCAACAUGUGGAUCUUUCUGUCCAAGGUGAUGGCUAUUUGCCUCUCACCGUUUGUGUUCAUAUCUGAUGUCAAUACACCCUCCCUGGCAUGUGUUGUCUUCAGCCACAUUGGAGAGGUCCUGCUGGUGUACUCUGACAGGAUUCUGCGAUGACAGAAGUGUCACUACCUCAGCACAUGCACUUCCAUUAUGAGAAUUAUUUUUUCACUGUGAAUCCAAAUGACAAAUGUUUGCGCUUUGGCGUUUACCAAAAUGAAAUUUUCUAUGCUAUUUUAUAUUACAUACUUGAGGUGAAUUUGACAGCAGAAAUGAAUGAGAAUCUUGAGUCUAUUUGUGUCCUUGAUGAAAGUGUUUAAUUCUGACAAAGGAAGUCAACCCAUCUUGGUUCCCAUCCUACACAAGAACCAACAAUAUGGAAAAUACAAACCUGCGCUAGGUUUGAAUACAUUAAACAUGUUAUGAGUGUGAGGUAAUCAUCGAUGUUGUUCUUUGUCUUGUUCAGACUUGUAAGCCUUUUUUUAUGGCCAUGCAAUGGUUCCUUUGCUCCUUAACCUUUGGGGAACAGAUGGCAUUAUCUUUUUCUAAAGUGCUAAAUCUGAACUGCAGAAAAAUAAAGAGCAUUGCACAAUACAAUAAAAUUGGAAACUGGUA